AUGUCGGUUAACAAGAUACACGAAUUUUUUAAUCGCGAUCCUGAGAAUUGGAAUAUUUUGACUUUUUUGGAAGAAUGUGAUAUACCAUUAUUCAAACAAAAGAUAGAGUCGUACCUUACGUCCCUCGAAGUAAUUUCCAAUACUCAAAAAGGUCCAAAGCGUGAAAGAGCGAACAAGUUACUUGAUCAGUACAGACAGGCGAUCUUUGAGACAAGCUACGAAGCAGUGUUGAGGCGCAAGAUAUCUUCUUUCUUACGUUUGAGACUUCGAGUCAACUUGGCACUUGCCCCACUGGGCGGUCCUGAUUAUGUUUGUGCCCGAGAUUGGAAGAAGGAAAGAAGAGCUAAACCAGUCGAUGGAACCGAGGUUCACAUUCACCAAGUUACGAAUAGCUCAGUGAUCGGGAUCAAUAAUGGAUCUUUUAACGUUAGUAGAAGGCCAAAGAAAUCGACUCGAAAAAGAAAAACCAUAUGUUAUCUUGAAAGUUCAGAGGAAGAUCAUUUAUCAGAUCAAGACUACACCGAGGAACCCAAGAAAAAUAAAAAAUCAAGGUCAACCCGGUCACGUAGAAAAGCGGAGCGCGAUAGUAUGGACAAAGACGACAUUAUUAAUGAAAGUUCAGAGGAUGAAAAUAUCUCGGAAGACGUUACUUUGGUUGAAAUCAGUCCAAGUACAAUCCAAGCUCAGCCAAUUGUAACAGUAUUAAAUAAUUCAGAAGACACUUGGUGUAAAAUCGCACUAAGUACACCCCAACAAACCUCGACGUCAUUUGAUAUUUCGGCCACUUCACGUGAGUCUACACCGUGUCCAAUAAGUCAACUGGCACAACAAGUUUUAAUCAAUACACCAAACAAACCAAUCGUAACGAAAGUAAUGUGUGAUAAAUAUUCACCAUACCUGGUUUGUGCAUUCAGUGCAACAAUCGAUUAUGUUAAGGAAACCGUAGAAGUGGAAACUUAUAGAGAAAUUGAAAAGUUGUUUCUAAUGAAAAAUCGACUGGUUUUGCAAGAGUCCUUUGUCAAGAAGCUUGAAUCAAUAUUUGAGACUGAAUACUCAAAAAUUGAAUCAAAAAUCAUAGAUUUGACAAUUGUUGAAGGGGAUAACCAGACAGAAGUGGCGGGAUUCAACUUCUUUGUGCGGUACGCACUUUUAGAUUUUAUCGCAAACUUCAAAUAUAGAUCACCAAAAGUUCUAGAUCGUAACAUGUCUGAGAGAACAUUUAUUGUCGAAUGCUUAGCUCCUAUAUUUCGAGCAUUUCGAAAUGCAUUUCCAGACAUUAAGUAUGAUUGGAUUGAAAAGAACGUCACUUCGAUAAGAGAGGCCAAUAACAUGUUCGUGGAUGCUAUCAGCCCAAGAAAGACAGAUUUACUUGUUGUACGUUUGUCGGAUGGAAUGGAAAUCUUAAAUACAGAGGUAUCUGGUCCUCCGUUUAAAGCCACAAUCACACACACGGUCGGAGAUGCGAAGAAAUUGCUGAUGAUGUCCAUCUGCAGUCUUUGCAGAAUAUUUGGCGAUAACUUAGAUUGUAGCGUAAAUGAUGCUAAGAGAAUAAAGACUUAUAGCAUCCAAGUUGUUGGUGACCGGCUUACGUUGUUUUCUGUGUCAAUCACAGACCAAAAGAAGUAUUUGGCCGUUGAAAUUGCUUCUUGCAUAAUUCCAUUUUCUUUUGAUUCAAUUUCAUAUUAUACUAAAAUUUUCAACUUUUUCGCAAUAAUUCAAGAUGAAUUUAAGGAACAGGAGAAGUUGCGAAAGAAAAUCCAUUCUUCCAUUCCGAUUGUAAAUAAUGAAAAAAUACGAGAUUGGUUGUAUUUACCCAAAGAUUCCUUCUUUUAUGAUUUAAAACCUAUACCGGAGGAUAUAGAUGAAAUUCUUAUGAUAUAA